CCCCGUCGCUAUCCAUUUCCUGCAAAGUUUAUUUUCCUUAAAAAACACAUAUCUAAUCUAUGUUCGUUAUUUGCGAAAGAAGGGAGAGAAGGAAGAUGUGGAUAAUUUUUCAUUGCGGAAGCUGAUGUUUCUUAUCUAUGUGAUCGAUUGAGAGCUUGCAUUUGUGAAAUGGAGAUUGCUUCGAAUCGAUGAAAUGUUUCGGUUUGUUGUAAAUCUAAUUGUCAGAUCGGCUCGUUGAUGCAUUGAGUUUGCUUUUAUUUCAUUUCUUGAGCAGGAAUCUGUUUAAUUUUCUUCCUUAUUUCUUUGGUGCGGAAAACAAUGAGCAACGGUGGUGCCAUAGCAGCCGUGGCUCCGGUUGGAGGACCACAACCACUGGACUGGAAAUUCUCGCAGGUGUUCGGAGAACGGAUAGCCGGAGAGGAAGUACAGGAAGUUGAUAUCAUAUCUUCUAUUGAAUUUGAUAGAACUGGCGAUCACCUUGCUACUGGAGAUCGUGGGGGUCGUGUGGUUUUGUUUGAAAGGACUGACACUAGAGAUCAUGUCGGACUGCGGAAAGAUCUUGAGAAGAUGGAUUGUCCAAUGAAUAGGCACCCAGAAUUUCGGUAUAAAACAGAGUUUCAGAGCCAUGAACCAGAGUUUGACUAUCUCAAGAGCUUGGAAAUUGAGGAGAAAAUUAACAAAAUUAGGUGGUGCCAGUCAGCUAAUGGUGCUCUGUUUCUUUUGUCUACAAAUGACAAAACAAUCAAGUUUUGGAAGGUACACGAAAAGAAGGUAAAAAAGGUAUGUGACGUGAAUGUGGACUCUACAAAAGCAACGGUAAAUGGUUCUAUCGUUGGUUCAAGCAUAUCAACCAGCUCCAAGCAGUACAUUGAGAGUGGAAGAUGCAUAGACAAUAACUUCUCAUUCCCAACUACGGGUUUCCCAUCUUUGCAGUUGCCGGUGGUAACCAGUAUUGAGACGAAUCUUAUGGCCAGAUGUCGAAGAAUAUAUGCUCAUGCCCAUGACUAUCAUAUUAAUUCCAUUUCCAAUAACAGUGAUGGUGAAACUUUUAUUUCGGCUGAUGAUCUACGAAUUAAUCUCUGGAACCUGGAAAUUAGCAACCAAAGUUUUAACAUUGUGGAUGUCAAACCUGCAAACAUGGAGGAUUUGACUGAGGUGAUAACUUCAGCAGAAUUUCAUCCUAAGCACUGUAAUAUGUUAGCAUACAGUAGUUCAAAGGGUUCAAUUCGUCUUAUUGAUAUGCGACAGUCUGCACUCUGUGAUUCUCACAGCAAAUUGUUUGAGGAACAAGGUGCUCUUGGCACCAGGUCUUUUUUCACGGAUAUCAUAGCAUCAAUCUCGGAUAUUAAGUUUGCCAAGGAUGGGAGACAUAUUCUAAGUCGUGACUACAUGACCCUUAAGUUGUGGGAUAUAAAUAUGGAUUCUGGUCCAGUUGCAACUUUCCAGGUUCAUGAACAUCUUAGACCUAAGCUUUGUGAUCUCUAUGAAAAUGAUUCCAUCUUUGACAAAUUUGAGUGUUGUCUUAGUGGAGAUGGACUUCGAGUGGCUACUGGGUCGUACAGCAAUCUGUUACGGGUCUUUGGUUGUUCUGAAGGUAGCACAGAAGCAACAACACUGGAAGCCAGCAAAAACCCCAUGAGGAGACAAGGUCAGACGUCAUCAAGGCCUUUGAGAUCCCUUGGUAGUCUCUCUGGUGUUGUCAGACGAGUAAAAGGAGCAGAUAACCCUGGAGUUGAUGCAAACGGAAACGCAUUUGAUUUCACAACAAAGUUGCUACACCUAGCAUGGCAUCCAACUGAAAACUCUCUUGCAUGUGCUGCAUCGAACAGUCUUUACAUGUAUUAUGCAUGAAGAUGACCCACCAAAGCUUGUGAUUAUUUUGCCAGAGAUAUCUCUCCAAAUUCUUCUCUAAUUAAUCAUGCGGAAGAGGCUGCAAACAUGGUUACCAGACAAUCUUGGUGAUUUAUUGAAAUUUUCGAUCAUGUCUUUCAACACCAGAGUUCAAUGUAUCUGUUGCUGAUUUGUCCACUGAUUAAAAUAUUCUCUGUAGGGAUAGAUGCAGUUGUUAUCCCCAUUCCGUUGUGUUUAGGUGGAAGAAAAGUAUAAUUGAUUAGAACUCCCUCCAACCUCUGAACCGAAGUCUCAAUCACUCUCUAGUUAGGGCUGCAAUGUAAUGUUGCCUUGAGAGACUAAUGGGAUCUUCAACCCAAAAUCGAAGGUAACAAAAAAAA